GGAAAAUCUUACGUUACGUGUCCACAAAGUCACCGAAUUUUACAGAGAAACGCCUCCCCUCCUUUCCCAUCGCCUCACCGCCACACCCACACUAAACAUCGAUUUGCAGACUGUCUCCGUCUCUACUGCUCAGAGACGGGUUCAUCAUCGGAUUGGGUUCUGCAUGAGUUCUGCAUGAGGUUAAUGAGAUUCAGCAGUGUGUGGGGCUUUCAUAUGAGGGAUGUGACGACCAAUUUGCAGCACUACUCGCUGCAAUUGAGGUUACCGUGAAAAUUCUGAGACACCAGUGAUUUUGUGAUGGCUUCGAAAAGGAUCAACAAGGAGUUGAAGGACCUCCAGAAAGAUCCUCCUGCUUCAUGCAGUGCCGGCCCCGUGGCUGAUGAUAUGUUCCACUGGCAAGCAACAAUUAUGGGCCCAGCAGACAGCCCAUUUGCUGGGGGUGUGUUCCUUAUAUCCAUCCACUUUCCACCAGAUUAUCCGUUCAAGCCACCCAAGGUUUCCUUCCGGACAAAAGUUUUCCACCCUAACAUCAAUAGCAAUGGUAGCAUCUGUCUUGACAUCCUCAAAGAACAAUGGAGCCCUGCCCUUACCAUAUCCAAAGUCCUGCUCUCAAUAUGCUCACUGUUGACCGAUCCAAAUCCAGAUGAUCCUCUGGUGCCUGAGAUAGCCCACAUGUACAAGACUGACAGAGUGAAGUACGAGACAACAGCCCGAUCCUGGACCCAGAAGUAUGCCAUGGGCUAGGGUGGUUCCUGUAUGACCGAACAUGUCAUGGUUAAAUUCAUGAUAUUAGUAAAUAAAUAGAUGUAAUCUGGUAUAAAGAUUAAAGAACUUGCAUGGUCUGUCACUGUUGUGUUGUCUCCUCUGUUUGUCAUUGGGAAAUUCUCUCUGUGGGGUUUCUUCGCGUGAGAUAAUCUUACUUUUUUUUUUUUUUUUUUAAACUUUUAAGAAUGAUCUUGCUUUUAAGACAUGGCAUAGUUAUGUGGAAUUUGGUGGGAAAAUCAUAUUUUUGUUUUGCUCGACA